AUGCUGCGUCUAGCGACGUCUUCGUUUAUGGCUCGAAGCUUCUCGACGCUUUUGUUUAAGGCACCGCCGCCUGCACCAAGUCGACGCGUGGUUGUAACUGGAAUGGGUGCUGUCACUCCUUUUGGUGUGGGGGUUAAGCGCUCGUGGGAGGCGCUGUUAGACUCGCAAUGUGCCAUUCAAGCGGUAGAUGCCCUUGCAGACUCAGGAUUGCAGUGUACAAUUGGUGGGGCGGUGCCACGAGGAGAAGGGAUCGGAGCUUUCCGUACUAAAGAUUGGAUCAAUUUACAAAAGGUCCGCUACCAGGAACCAGAUUUUAUCGCGUUUACAUUGGCAGCAGCUGCUGAAGCGCUGAAGGAUUCAGGAUGGAGCCCCCAAUCGGACGAAGAGAGAGAACGAGCAGGCGUGGCUAUUGGUGCUGGCACGGGAAACAUCCAGGAGGUAAUGAAUGUUGGUCAGCUUAUCAGGGAGAAGAAAUAUCGCCGGGUAUCGCCAUUUUUCGUGACAAGGUUUCUUACUAACCUUGCGGCCGGUCACGUGAGCAUUGAGCACGGGUUGAAGGGGCCAAACCACUCUUGUGCUACAGCGUGUGCCACGGGUAGUCACAGCAUUGGUGAUGCUACGAAUUUAGUUCGUCAUGGCUACGCCGACGUCAUGGUUGCCGGAGGUAGUGAGGGAUGCCUCGAUGCGAUUUCCGUGUGCGCCUUCCUGCGUGCGCAGGCUUUGUCUACAAAGUUCAAUGAUCGUCCUCAAGAAGCAUCGAGACCGUUUGACUCGCAGCGCGACGGGUUUGUUAUGGGUGAAGGCGCUGGUAUUGUUGUUCUUGAGGAAUACGAGCACGCGAAGAAACGCGGUGCUGAGAUCUAUGCUGAGGUUCGAGGUUAUGGCCUCAGCGGUGACGGCAACCAUAUUACAGCUCCUCAUGAAUCGGGUGAUGGCGCUCGACGAGCUAUGCAGUCAGCAAUAGCACAAUCCGGGCUUGCGCUGUCUGAUGUCGGCUACAUUAACGCGCACGCCACUUCAACCCCUUUGGGGGACCGCGCUGAGAAUAUAGCCGUGAAGAAGCUUUUCGGCAUACAUGCUAGUCGACUAGGAGUGUCGUCGACGAAGGGAGCUAUUGGUCACUUGCUAGGUGCUGCUGGUGCUGUAGAGGCUAUCUUCUCGAUUAAGGCACUUCGCGACAACGUGAUGCCUCCUACACUUAAUCUUACGGAGACAACAGAGGAGUUUUCCUUGAAUUACGUGCCAAACCAGCCGCAGGAGAAGGAGCUUCGCGCAGUUCUUUCGAAUUCGUUUGGUUUCGGAGGAACGAACGCCAGCCUUUUGUUUACCAAGUAG